AUUACCACCAAAUUUCUCGCGGCCUGUUCUCGACGACAGACGAUUCCUUAACCAUCGCCCAACGCCCAUAUUCCAACCCACACAACAGGACAAGAUGAAGUUCCUCAAGGUUGGCCGUGUCGCCAUUAUCACCCGAGGCCGUUACGCCGGCAAGAAGGUCGUUAUCAUUCAGCCCGUCGACAACGGCAACAAGCCUCACCCCUUCGGCCACGCCGUCGUUGCCGGCAUUGAGCGCUACCCCUCCAAGAUCACCCGCCGCAUGUCCAAGGCCCGCCAGGAGAAGCGCUCCAAGGUCAAGCCUUUCAUCAAGGUCAUCAACUACAACCACUUGAUGCCCACACGUUACACUCUCGAGCUUGAGGGCCUCAAGGGUGCCAUCUCUGCCGAUACCUUCAAGGAGGUCAGCCAGCGUGAGGAUGCCAAGAAGACCGUCAAGAAGGUCCUCGAGGAGCGUUACACCAGCGGCAAGAACAGAUGGUUCUUCACCCCCUUGCGAUUUUAAACAAAAAAUUCUCCAUCACGGUUUCAGGGAGUUGGCGGGAGGUUAAAGAAAGCAUCGAAACGGACACUUUUUGAGGAUUACACCCCUGGGUUAUUUUGUUGGGGGCCUCGACGAGUAUGAACGGUUCUUUUAAAGAUUCCAUAUCAAAAAUCAAUGAACGAACAUUUUGACCAUCUAAUCGGAUUAUGACCCUUGCGCAAAUUGAACUGUGCUUCGGGUAUUAAAAAAAAAUCAGUGCUAGCCAAUUCAACGCUACUACAAUCAUACAGCGGUGGAAGAAAGUAAUUCAAAAGUUUUUUUUGUCUAUUCAUGAUGCAGGUCAUGCAAGCUUUUAGAUCCUAGACGCACGGCGCCGUGGGUUUUAAUUAUACAUCAAGAUAUAUGCCAGCCAGAGCGUCCACAUGCUUCGCCAACCAGUUGUGACGUGAGCAAAUGUAGCAAAUCCUGUCUCCUAAGCUUUCCUUUUGCAAAUACAGAAACGAAUUCUCUCGCUGCCGCACUCUCAAGGUGAGUGUGCGUAUACCAUAACAAAAAACGAAAAUUCAUAUCGCAGACAGCCAUCCACAGGGUGGUUGAUAACCAUUAGUCGUGUCAGCCCGUUACCAAAGACUGAAACUGUCUGCCGCUACAUCCAACGCCAUGCGGACUAUAAAGUCCUUAUUAAGUUUUAUAGGUAGUGUCAUCGGUGUCAAUGUUACCAAUUAGUUGGCGGGAGUCUUGGCCAGAGCUCUGGCGGGAUUCAUGUCGGCCGCGUAGCCAGGAGCAAGGCCUGAGAAGACCAAAACGAGGAGCAUGAAUCCACCAACAAUGAUGCUGAUCUUGCGCAAGACAGGCUUGCGAGCACCAAACUCAGCCCACUGUCUGUUCGCCUCACCGGCGUAGCCCUUGAUCUGUUCAUAACCAAGCUUGUAGUAG